CUUUUGGCUUUGCAGGAGAAGAUUGAGAAUGAGGAGAUCAGCAUUCCGUUUGUUUUUUAUGAUAGUAGGUGUUGUGCAUGCUCCAAUUUUUGAAGUUGACAUACAGCUAACACCCACUAGGCACUAAUGUUGCUUCCCCCACCGGAGAGGGAGUGAUGGUUAAGAAAGGCGAGGCUGUAUGGCGCUUUGUCAAACGUGCUGGGGGAAUGUCUGGAUGCAGGAAGUGGCUCAGGGUUUCGGUUAAUGAUUUACUACUCGUCCGUAGCGGAGCGACGAUACCCCAGGUAUUUCUUCUACCUCUUCCUUCCUUUUCACGAUCACUAACUCACUCGAUAGCACUUUGAAUUCUACUAUUUUAUUGUCAAUCCCACCCUGGGGCCCAACAGAUUAUUAUUUCAUUUUCCUUCAUCCCCGUCGCCCACCCCCCAGACCCGCACUCCGAAUCCCAAUAGAGACAACCCUACAAUGACUAAUAUGGUGGAUCGCCGCUGGUACGAAGUGAUUAAGCAGAUAUUCCCCGCGAGCGUGUGGACAGAAUUUGACCCACAUAAAGAUUACUCGAACAUGGUAAGGCAGGAUAUGGGUAGGAGUACUUUUUUUUUC